AGCACUCGUAGCGAAACAAUACAGAAUAUCAGAUAGCACAAUAAUAAUUUAUUUCACAAGCGACAAACAUUCUCCACAAACGCACAAUGAACUCUGACGACUUAAAGGGUAUACUGAAGGGCGGCAGCAACGAGGCACCGCAGAAGCCAGCAGACCAGAAGACGGCCAAGUUCGACGAACUAAACGUGCUGGCGACCUUCCAUCCGGAAGGCAAAACCUACGGACACAUGAUCAUUGACGAGCCGAAGACCCCGUUCGUGUUCGAGGAUGAAUUGCCAAAGAAGCUGGACACCGCCGAACUGAUGGAGAAACUGCGCUUAACCUCGCAGUCGGCGACGCCCUGCUUUGGCAUAGAGCAGGACUCCGAUGACUCGUCGGACGAUGAGGACUUCCCCGAGUCCGUGGAGGAGAAGGUGCGGCGCAUUGAGUUCGAGCGCCGCCGCAAGCUGCACUACAAGGAGUACUUCUCGGUACCGCUGGCCCGUCGCCUGAUUGCUGAGGAGUUCGGUGAUAUGUUCCCCUCAGAGCCGACCUGCAAGUGCGAGCCAAGUUCUGGCGUGGACGAGACCGGCCCGACACGGGCCACGCACGACACCGUGAUGGAGGAAGAGCACCAGCUACUGGACCCAGAGCAACCCAGCUCGCACUCCUUGGCCCACGCCGAGUCCAAUGACGGCGGGUACAGGAUCGACCCAGAGCCGGUCCUUGAUCCCAGCCACCCGUGCUACCAGCAGUUGACGGCCCAGACCAACCGCCCGUUAACCGCCGAGACCGACGAGGCUCUCCACAUUGCCUCGCUCGGCUAUAUGCGCAGCGUUCCAUCGAUGGGCGAGGAGUUUUCGGACGGCAAGCAGGUCCGUGUGCCAAAUGCCUCUUACGUGGCUGGUCCCAAAGGCAAACCGACGAAGAGUCCAUCAGCAGGCACAUUAUAAAGAGAUGUCAAAGAUGGUUGGCCUUUCGCUUGAUUUGUUAAAAUUAUUAUGUUACUUGCAGAAAUGAAUCAUCAGAUUGUAAAAUCAGA